CGGGGAAGAGACAGCUCGGCUCUUCAAUUGAACGUCUCCGAGCAAAGGAAUUAAAACUCCUUUUGUCUUCUUUUUAGCAAAAAAUACAAAAAAAAAAAAAAACCUCCUCCACCGUUCCAUAAAAAAAAAAAAAAUCAUCCUUUCAGACCGCUUUCACAUUGGUUCCCGAUCCACGAAAUCGCGCGCGGAAGAUGAUGAAGCUGUGAUCGGAUCUCAAAUUCCGAUUCAGAAAAGAAGAAAAAACCUGCAAGUGAACCCGUUUCAUUUCUGUCCCGAUGGAGUUUCUCAUGAAGGAGGAGCUUGAUCUCGCAGUUUCGAGUUGAAAUGCAGCCGAAUCCGUUCCCAUUCGGCAGUGUGCUUGGGAAUCCCUUUCUUUUCAAUGGAGAAUUAAGCGAGCUCGGCGGCGCUGGUAUUGGAUUCGGGAGCUCUAGGGUUUUCUUCUUACUCCCUUUUCUCUUGUCCCAAGGAGGUGGAAUGGAUUUAUCAAAGGUCGGGGAGAAGCUACUGAGUUCCGUACGGUCUGCUAGAUCGCUUGGUUUGCUGCCUACCGUCUCCGACAAACCUGAGGUUCCUGCUAGGGCUGCAGCAGCGGCAGCUGUUGCUCGUGCAAUUUCAGGGUUGCCUCCUCAUCAGCGGUAUACUCUUCCUUCAAGUUCCGAAGACUUGUGCUUUAUAUAUGGAAGCAGACCACAAGAUCAAGUGGUGGAGGAGCUAGAAGAAGAUUUCUACGAGGAGAGCUUCGAUCCAAUUCGACAUACACUGAAGAUGAUUCCUUCUGAGGAAAUUGAAGUGACAUUUUUUGAAAAACAGGCUGCUCUUAGAUUGGCACAACUGGAUAGGGUAGCUGAGCAUUUAUCCCAUCAUGUCAUGGAACAUCAUGAAGUAAUGGUGAAGGGAAUGAAUUUGGUCCGAGAGUUAGAGAAAGACAUAAAGAUUGCAAAUAUUAUCUGCAUGAAUGGGAGAAGGAAUCUCACAUCGUCCAUGACCGAGGUUUCAAGGGAUCUUGUCGUAAAUACAAAUUCCAAGAAGAAACAAGCUCUUUUGGACAUGCUUCCAAUAUUAAAUGAACUUCGUCAUGCUGUGGACAUGCAAUCAGCACUUGAAUCCCUUGUUGAAGAAGGAAAUUACUGCAAGGCAUUCCAAGUCCUAUCUGAGUAUUUGCAGCUUUUAGAUAGUUUAUCCGAACUUUCAGCCGCACAAGAGAUGAGCCGAGCAGUUGAGGUUUGGUUGGGUAGAACCCUUCAGAAGCUAGAUGCACUUUUGUUAGGAGUGUGCCAGGACUUCAAGGAGGAGAGCUAUAUAAUUGUAGUUGAUGCAUAUGCAUUAAUUGGAGAUGUCUCUGGUCUUGCUGAGAAAGUUCAAAGUUUCUUCAUGCAAGAAGUUCUCUCAGAAACCCAUAUGGUAUUGAAGAAUAUUGUGCUAGAGGAUCAGCCAGUUCAAAAGCAGAAUAGUAGACUUACCUACAGUGAUCUAUGCCUUCAGAUACCGGAGUCCAAGUUUAGACAGUGUCUAUUGAGAACACUUGCUUCCUUAUUUAGGCUGAUGUGCUCGUAUCAUGAAAUCAUGAGCUUUCAGAUGGACAACAAGAGGUCUUUGACUUUACGUGGAGUCUGUAGAUUGAACAGUUUGGAUGAUCAUUACUCCGCUCUGAGAUUGCAGAAUCUAGGAUACCAAACAUCGCUGAUGAAAGACCAGGAAUGUGAUCAGUCCUGGCAUGGCAGAGAGGUCCAAAGAACACAUGAUCCCCAAGUAAAUAAUGGGUCUUCUAAUUCUGUAAAGAGACUCCCUGAUUCAUCAUCAUCUGAGGAGUCUACUUCUGGGUCUUUGACUUGUGCAGCAGGAUCUAAAGAUUCUGUAGCUUCUGAUUCUAAGAUUUUUCAUGAGGCCAGGAAUGAUAGUAGUGAAGCAUCAAGCAGUGGAUCCCCUUGGUACCAGCUGCGGAAAGAUGCUACGGCAUAUGUUUCACAAACCCUUCAAAGAGGAAGGAAGAAUCUUUGGCAGCUCACAACGAGUCGAGUAUUGGUGUUGCUUUCCUCUGGUGCAGUUGGUUCAAUGAGCAUUCACCAGUUUUUAAAAAAUUACGAAGACCUAAAUAUGUUCAUCUUGGCGGGGGAAGCAUUUAGUGGAGCUGAAGCAGUUGAGUUCAGACAGAAGUUGAAGGGUGUCUGUGAAAACUAUUUUACUGCCUUCCACCGACAGAAUAUUCAUGCACUGAAAAUGGUUUUAGAGAAGGAAACUUGGCAGAAAAUGCCUCCUGAAACAGCACAAGUAGUUAGUUUUGCCGGGUUAGUUGGCGAUGGCGCACCAGUCAUCAGUCAGUCUGAGAGUAGGUCUGCUGGUUCUCGGUUGCACCAUUCUGCUAAAUCAAUGAACUCUGUUGAUGCCAAUUCGAGGAAGAGUGGGUUUACUAGUUGGCUUAAAGGUGGGAACCCAUUUGCAUUAAAAGUAAUGCACAUUGCCAGAGACGGUCAGGAUUCUCCCCAUGUCAGUAGUGCCACCGGGGAAUUUGGAGGGCAUGUUAAUAAUCAUCUAAAUGGAACACCUGUUUCUGAAGAUGAAAAUGAAGAUCUACUUGCAGACUUUAUCGAUGAAGAUAGUCAGCUACCUAGUCGAAAACCAGGUCUUCCUAGAAACACCUCAUUACAUUGGAAAAAUGAUGAUGUAACAGCACAGACUGGUUCAUCCCUUUGCCUGUUAAGGUCAAUGGAUAAAUAUGCAAGGCUCAUGCAGAAACUAGAAAUAGUUAAUGUUGAAUUUUUUAAGGGAAUUUGUCAGCUGUUUGAGGUUUUUUACUACUUCGUUUUUGACAUAUUUGGUGGGAAAAACUCUGCCUCAACUGGAAAAUAUGCGCUUGACACUUCCAACCAUCGGCUGAAGACUGCCUUGUUGAAGAUAUCCCAAGAUUGUGACCAGUGGAUAAAGCCUCAGUCAAUACAGUCAGCAUCUUCAUUGCCUACUUCUGUUACAUAUAUCCAUUCAGAUAUUGUACCUAGCAGUCCUCCAAAUCACUCUCCUGCUUCUUUUAGUCUCAAGGAAAGAUGUACUGGUGCUGAUACAGCGUCAGUUGUUACUCGAAUAUUGCAUAGAUCUAAAGGUCAUCUUCAAUCCAUGCUUCUUCAAAAGAAUCCAACUUUAGUCGAGGAUUUCUAUGCAAAUCUGGUGGAUUCUGUACCAGCUCUUACAGAGCACAUACAUAGGACAACUGCAAGACUGCUGCUCCACAUAGAUGGGUAUGUCGAUCGGAUUGCUAAUGCGAAGUGGGAAGUCAAAGAGCUGGGUCUUGAGCACAAUGGGUACGUUGAUCUGUUGCUGGGAGAAUUUAAGCACUAUAAAACACGGCUUGCUCAUGGAGGAAUUCACAAAGAGGUUCAAGACCUGCUGUUGGAAUACGGUGUUGAAAUCGUAGCUGAAACUCUCAUCGAAGGGCUGUCUAGGGUCAAGAAAUGUACCGAUGAAGGACGCGCUCUCAUGUCAUUGGAUCUUCAGGUUUUGAUUAAUGGUCUACACCAUUUUGUACAAGGCAAUGUGAAACCAAAGUUGCAGGCUGUAGAAACUUUCAUAAAGGCUUACUACCUUCCAGAAACCGAAUACGUCCAUUGGGCUCGUGCUCAUCCGGAGUACACCAAGACUCAGGUAGUUGGACUGGUGAACCUUGUGGCGGCAAUGAAAGGCUGGAAGAGGAAAACCAGGCUGGAAACAGUAGAAAAGAUCGAAUCAGGCUGAGUGCUCGCUCAACUUCGGUACAGCCCUUGUUCUUCUUGAAUUUUUUUGCUAGUUUCUUGAGUGAGGUGUAUAAUGUCUCCCGGAUUCUGCAUUGCCCUUUUUUUUACACCAUGCUGGUAGGGUUUGUAUAUCUUGUAAUAUAGCUGGGGAUUGAUUCCCAGUUUAUGAGGUGAGAGAUCAUCGGUUGUAUUAUUAUUUCUAGCAUCCACUCCAUAUAUGAGAUGGUCCAUUCAUUCCCAAAGAAAGAAUAUAUAACAAAUAAAUGUGUUCAAUAUAUACGACGGUGGCAUAGUACACCUACUGAGUGCAGAGCACUGCUAAUUCAAGAGUUGUUCAUCGUUUUAGUAGCACUUCAUUUUGUGCUAGUUAUUAGUCCAUCUGCAGGCUGGGGGAAAGAUGUUUGACAAUCCGCCACAGCCGUCAAUGAUUCCCCAAACUUCAGCUUUUCUGGCCAGGAUAUAAGCACGAAAGUAUCGAAUUCGGUCAUCUCAUUGAACUAGCUAGGUC